ACAGUGGUCGGUCCACAGCACCCACCAACUUGAAUUACCGCGCGCGGUUAAGUGACAAGUGUGGCUCGAUCGAUUGAUCUGAGCCACAAUUGCGUACUACUAAUAACACGCCACUGCUCAGGAAGUUCCUCUUCUUUUUUGCCCAACUUGAUUUCAAUUGGCACCACUUCAACCUCAACUCACUACAACGAUAUGACAUCCUCACUUGACCUACUCAAGGAGCUCAGGCCUGUGACUUCGACAACCACCAGACGGUAUGGCAAGUUUCUCUGGGUGGAUGCAUACCACACUACAACUGCACCUGGGUUGCGACUUCGUACCAGCACCAAAUCUAACUGGCUGUCCUUCACCCAUCCAGAAGGCCAACUAUAUUUUCAUAUGAAACGUGAUCGUUUCUCGGUUGUCACAGAGGAGAACGUAUCAAAUGUUGAAACGGACAAUUUGGUGUCCGGCUACCUGGCUUUAAUCGAAAAAAGGAUCCUCGAAUGCGGCAUCAUAUUGCCACAAGCAUGCGAACUUUUCGUCGAGCUUCGGUUUGACGAAUCACCACAAACGUCUACAUGUGCAUAUUACUUUGUGGAUCACCAUAGCCGCUGCCUCUUCUGGCUCGAGCCCACGUCAUCAGAACUGUUCGGCAUGGGCAUGGUGGUGUCUGACUCCCACUUAGAUACUGCAUUGGAAAGACUCUACUGGGUACAUGUCGAGUUUUUCCCCAUGCAUGUCUGUGCACAGAUGACGCCACUCAUCUUGGACAACUUGAUCAGUGUCAUCUGUCACGGCAUGACAGAUCGAAUGACGUCGCGCUCCUCUACAUUCCCAUAUACAGAGGAAAAGUGCGAUCAACUCCUGCGGGCGUUGUCCUUACGACGAGGCGAACCAUUAGAUGGCCAUACACUAUGUUUUGUGGCUCGUCUUUGGGGUGCAAUAAAUAAUCAGCGAUUCAUAACGUACUAUGGUCAAGAAAAUGCCCAAUUGGAUAGAUUGCAACCACCGAUGCCAGAAGACAUAGUUGAUCGCACUGGGAUUCGUGCACUGGCAAACCUGAUGUUAUGGGGAGUCCCUAACCACCACUACUCCAAGCUUCAUGACCUCUUCGUUCACGACAAUGUGUAUAUUGAUCACUGGCAGGCUUUCAUGACUGAAUGCAUCUCGGAAUGGAGAGGGUUACUUGUGUGGGCAUUUUCGGUCCUGAUUGCCAGCAUUCUCAUUUCGAUGCUGCCGCGUGCUUCGUUAUCAUCUGCUAUGGCACCAAUUCUUGCAGCAUCUUCAAGCAUCUUGUCGGGAUCGAUCCUGCUCUUGAGACACCAUGGUUUCGAGGAUGCAACUGCCUCGUUUGCUGCGAACUUCCUUCGCUCGUCAAAAUCGUCUGAUUGGGGUUUCCUGCCCUUAUCUGUUGUAUACAGCAUGCCAAAAGCGAUGUACUUAUGGAGCAUAGGACUUAUGGUUGCUCAAUUAGUAUUCUGGACUUUCCGCGUAGUUGGCGUCUUUUGGGCAUCAGGUGGCGCUGGCUUUCUAGCACUAAUGGGCUAUGGCAUCCUCCAUUUCACAUCUUUGGAGGAUGAUCAUACCGAUUCCUUGGCCACCAUGCUGCGCAGCCAUUGGCAAACAUUCCAAAGCGAUUCUGUGGCAGUUACCGAACCUUUGACAGUAUGAGUCCAAUAUCAAUCUUCUUUUUUUCAACGGUAUGUGUUCGCAAGGCUGUACUUCUGGC